AAAUGUGGUUGUUCGCGUGCGAGGACACGGGCGAGGUCACCGGGAGUCCGUUACAGUCCGUCCAGCCCGACACUUCUUCUCCGAACUUAUUACGACAGAUGGCCGGCUCGGGAAGGCGGGAGCACGGCCCGGAGAGAUCGACCUCCGAAAUGCGCCCGAGAUCGCAUUCUUUCGGCGGCGCGGGCGCAUUCCACUGCGCGCCGAGCUGCGCGCUGCGUCAGUCGACGCGCGCCCUUUUGGGGGUUAAGAUGUGUCCGUCGCGGUCGCUCAAAAUGUGGUCCCAGCCGCCCGUUCCCGAGCUCGAACCCUUCAGAGAGCGCGCGGCCACGGUCAGCGCCUGGUGCAAAGGCUGCUUCGGCAACCAAGUAGCCAAGAUGGUCCGCGAGCCGGAAUACGGCGUCCGCGUCGAUCCUACGUCCACCCGGCCGGCCGGCUUGCGCGUGCGCGACGAACCACAGUACCAAAACUUGGAGGAACUCCGCAAGCGUCCCGAGUACGCUAAUCUAGACGAGAUCAGUCGCGAAUUCGGUUACCGCCUCUGCCCUGAAGGACAGAAUUUAGAGGAUGAGGCGAUCUAUGAAAACAUUUUGUCGGUGCGUCAGAUCAGAUCCGCGGAAGUGAGAUUAGUGCCGAUGUCUGAAGUGCCGUUUUAUGAAGGACAAGGUUAUGUGGCUACGCAGGUCCUCAGCAGGAAUGGGACUUUUCCGCAGUGUCCACCCCACACUUGGAGCCGGCUGCACCAUGCUGUCCGGCACACUGGAUCCUUGAGGGUCUUUACUGCGAAGAAGGAGAUGUACGAUGUGAAAAAGCAGAGGUUGUGCUUGGCGCAAGACGAGUACAAACAUUUAAACAAUGCCCUGUCUACACUGGCGGCCUCUCGGACGAGCUUAUGCUCAUCCACAACCUCCGUAACGACGACAUCCACCACGUCACGUCACGACCCGGACCUGCUCCGGUCAGAAGUGACGCAGGCAAGAGGCCGCGUCGCGCAGCUGAGGAAAGAGUUGAGGCAGGCGAGAGCUGAGGUCGCCUGCGCGAGAAGGGGUGUGGAUACGCUUGCUGAAGUGGAACAGAAGCUAAGCGCCCAACAAGGAUGCUACAACAUCACCGAAGCUCAGGCGAUCAUGACUGAGCUCAAAAACAUCCAAAAAUCCCUCACCUCAGGAGAGAAAGAGAGGGCAGACCUCAUGCAAUCCCUAGCCAAACUCAAGGAUGACUUGACGAGAUUACAACUCGGAGAUGCCUCUCCAGACCUUUCAACCUUAAGCCUUCCUCAAGAGAAACUUAGCACUGCCUCCCAAACAGACUUAUGCGCAGACCUAGUACCAAUAGGUACACGGUUAGCAGAAAUGGCAAGAGUACGCCUACAAUAUGACGAAGCUAGAAAAAGAAUACAACAGAUCCAACAACAAUUAGCAGAUUUAGAGGACAAAGUCCAACCCGGUCAAGCAGAGUCUGACAAAGACCGCUUGCUACUAUUCCAAGAGAAAGAACAGCUGCUUAGAGAACUUAGAAGUAUAACCCCUAGAACACGAUCCAAACAGGAAAUGACUGACAUACAAAUUGAGUGUAAAAGAUUAGAACAGGACUUGAAAAACGCCUUUGAGAUGUCAAAUAAGUGUAUAGCGGAUCGAUUGAGGCUACAUGAAGAAAAACAACUGCUGCUUCAACAACUAAAAGAUGCCUUGACGUCUAUGACGACUCUGGAAGGGCAGUUGAAGACUUUAUCAGCGAGUACGUUGUCGGUUUCAAGUAGUUCGAGCCUCGGGUCUCUUUCUACGGCGAGUAGCAAAGGAUCUUUGAGCUCUGGAAUCAGUUUUACUGAUAUAUACGGGGGUUCGCAGAUCGCUAGCUCAUUCCAGGCAGAUAAGCCUAUCGAUAUGGUUGACCUGCAUAGAAGAGUUGAGAGAUUACUCCGCGGAACAAGCUACACGGCCGAAAGUGCGACGCCCGGAGCCGGCAGUGGCUCCCAACCCUCCCUCUCACCACGCAGCAGCCUCUCCUCCGCCAGCCCUCCACCCCCUCCCCCGUCAUAUAGCCAGGUGGAGAUGCAGAGGCGCCAGCAGAGGGAGCUGGAGGAGAAGCUAGCGGAGAUGAGGAUAGGCGUCGCUGGACUUAAUGAGAUCACAGGCCUUGCGACAAUACCUGUACAACUGCAAGGCCCGGGCCGGCCUUGUGAGCCGCUGUCGCCAAUAUCAGAGACCCCGCCACCGCCGCUCUCGCCCAGGACUCCCUCAUCUAGUGGUACAAACACUAGAUCAGUGUCGGCAGCAGUAAGCGACGAGUCGGUGGCUGGAGAUUCUGGUGUGUUUGAGGCGGCGCAAGCAGGUGAUGCCAGCGCAGUGAACAGUACGCAAAUUGAGAUCAAAUUGCGCUACUGUAUUGAGGACAGCGCGCUGGAGAUCAGCAUACUGCGGGCACGGAACCUCAACGCACUCUUCAUUGAUGUUGGCACUGAAGUUGCGGUGCUAGGCGCUCUAGUAAUCGGCGGUGGAACGUGCGGCAUCACGUUCAGCAGCGCGUCACUACCGUGGCGCGGAACUACGCUUGCGUGGCGUCACGUGGCGAGGGCCAGCGUAGCGGGCACCCGCGCUCUGAGGGCUGCCACGUUGCAAGUCAAUCUAGUGUGCCGGGCUGAAUGCUUGGGUUGCGCCCAAGUGAGUCUAGCGGAUUUCGACCCGGACGCGGUGUCCCAGAAAUGGUACAACGUGUUGAGCUUCAGAUGUAUGAGGCGGGAUGAGAGCUCGGAUGAAUCCACGGUUAUAUCUUCGCAAACGUCUACUCUUACUAGGAAUAGAGGUCCAGAGAGUAUGACCGGUGCGGAGUGUAACGUGGAUUGCGGAGAGAACUCAGCCUCUGAAGAUGAGGAGUCUAGGGAACCGCUUAAUCAGAUAGUAGAAGAGGAUUCCCUAGAAGACUACAUUCCUGAGGACGAGCUAGCGCUAGAAGAAGAGUACCUACACCCGUCCACGGCCGAGAAAGAGACGAACACUGAGUGCAACUUCUGCCCGGAGGGAGCGAGACAGCUGCAUAGGAGAAAAAGUCCACAAGUAAGCGCCACUCUGGAGGAGCCACUGGCAACGAUCAAGAGGUCUCAGACCUUCUCGCCGCAGCCGCAAAGCAUCGGGAACAGGCAGUAUAUUUGCAGACUGAACCGCUCCGAGUCCGACUCGUCCAUGGCGUCCCGCGCUCGCCGCGCCGCGCCGCCUCCCCCCGCCGGCAUCCCCUUCGACCGCAGCGUGCGCGAGCGCCGAUCUCUCAGAUGGGGCCGCGUGGCAGGCGGCGCGGCGCGUCGCACGCGCACCCGCAGCGCGCGCACCUCGCUAGAUCUCGCACUGGAUCUCAGCGCGCAAAACACCAAGCUCGCCGACCUGAGGACCGAGAUCGCCCAUCUGAGCCAGCUUAAAAGGAGACUGGAAGAGGCGUGCGCCCGCGGCGACCCGGCCAUCGCGUCGUGGGUGACGGAGGACGACACGCUGCGCCGCCUCGUGGCGCCGGCCGAGCCCAACGAGCGCGCCGCCAAGCUGCUGCACCGCACGUGCCGCGAGAUCUACCGCCUCAGGAAGUCUCGCCAGGGCGGCCGCCGGCCCGACCUCGUCACCUUCAAAGAAAAAAUGGCUUUCUUCACCCGCCCGAAAUCCACCGUGCCGGUCCUAGACGGGGAAGCCGAAGAGAUCUCAGAGGACGAGUGGGAAGACGAGCUGGAAGAACGCCGCACUCCCGACGGACGCUCCUCCAAGACCUCUUACGAACUCCGUCGAGACCAACGGUGCACCGACGUCAGGGAAGAAAAAACGGAAAAAUUGGAAGAAGCGGCGAAAGACACUCAGGAAGUAGUCGAAUGCAAGAACCCCUGCCUGAAUCGGCUAGAAGCGGGCCAGGACCAGGAAAAGACUGAAGAGGAUAUUUAUGAAUUUGUUGUAGAUCGAGUUUUAGGUGUUCAAGUCUGAAUGUAUGGAUCGGUAAGUGUAUAUUGAUUUAGACGGUCCAGAAUAGAUGUGUUUUUAAAGGGCAUUCAAAUGAUUAUUUAAUGCAACUUGUCAAAAUAAAUUUAUAAUGGAUUUUAUAGUUGCAUGAAAUAAUUAUUUGAACCUUGAGUUAUAGGAAAGAUCUUCGAAAGUUAGGGCACCAUAUAAAAAUAAUAAUAUUGAAAAUUUCAUCUGUGAUUAAUAUUGCCUAUUGAGAUUUCUGGAAUGAAGACUGACGAAAGAUAAGCUAUUAUGUAUUUUUAUUGGAAAUCUAAUUAUAUAUAAACGCAUGCGGUCGUCCAUAUGAAAAGUGGCUUUAAGUUUCACUGUAACGCCUUUCGCCGUAGGGACGGACGCACAUAUCUAAAUAGUAUCGUGCAAAGUAGAGUGCCAUACAGAUGAAUCUUGAAGAAAAUACGUAUGUAUAAUAGGGGGUAUUACUGCAAUGUUCUGCCGCCAGAUUGCAGCACUAAGCUAGCAAGUAAUCCAUAGAGUAACUUAUACAUACUGUGCCUUAAACUGGUUUUCACAGACAAUAAAAUAUGACAUUGAUGCAUCAAUGUUUGUGAACAAGGGCCUAGCGGAAAACGCGAAUAUCGUAAUUUGGUUAUCUGCCUCUUUAUCGCUCGAAUAUGCAAGAGUGAUAUAGAGGUUAGAUAACGAAAUUUCGAUUUUCUUGUUUCGCGGUAGACCCCCAGAUUGUGAUGGAUAGUGGUAGUGGCGCCCCCUACGCUGAGUUUUGCGUGAUAUUCCCUAUUCGUAUACCUUUAGAUUCAAUUGGUAUAAAAAGAAAUAAGUUAAUGUCUUGUACACCAAUAGAGUCUAAUCGUAUGUAUAUUUAAAUGGUCCUUAUGUAUUGUACAAAAACGUGCCUUAUUAUUGGUGCCUUGGAGACUUGUGCCAUAGAAAGGCAUUGUGGAGGUACAAAUAUAGUUGUAUGGAGAGUCACAAAAUAUAUGCCAAACAUUUUAAUGUAAUUAGACGGUAUACGGCGGUUAUGCGACUAUUUCAUUUUGUAAAUACGUAAUGUCUUGAAGUGUUGGCCCACCGAAAUAGUUUGCUGACUAUUGAAUGAUAUAGGUAGUUUUCCACCGAAAUUUACGAGUGUAUAAAUGGAAGUGGGUUAUUCGCGUGACAGAUCCUUACAUUUAUUGCACUCAAAUUGUGUAACAAACUAAUAUUCCCGGAGUUAUAGGGGUUUUAUAGUAUGCGUGCGUUGAUAACCUACUUUUCUUUGUUCACCAUGUAAUGAUUUGAUAGGCCAAAAAUGCUUUUGUAAAUACAGGCUGCAUAUAUGUUAACAUGUCGCUUCUCUUGGUUAAAAGUUUGGACAAAUUUUCAAGGUUACAUUUUAUAAAGUUAGAAAUAUUUCAGUGUUUAUUUUGACAUGUAAACACACAUUGCCAUUUGAGAAUUGAUUUGUAAUCAUAGUCUAAUAAAACAUGGUCUUCUCUUCCCAGAGUGACACAAGCCUACGUCACAAUAACAUUGCCACUUUGUAUAGGGGUAUUUGCAUAUUAUUAUAUAGCGCUGUCGCAUGAUGACGUAGGCAUGUGUCAGUCACGUGGUCGGAAGAGAGUACCAUGCGGAGUAUAUUAUUAUACCAUGUUUGUAAUAGAUAAUAUUAAGGGCGUCCGCUAGCGUGGGCGGGUGCACGGAGCGGGGCGCACGCACGCGGGUGCGUUUUUACGUAUAAUCCGGCGCAGUUAAAGUUAGACCAAAAAAAGUCUGCAGCGAUUUUGAUAGCAUACGCAAUGCAAGUGUUAUUUAAUACGUCAUAUUUCAUAGAAGUUUGACGUUUGAAAUAACACUUGCAAUGUGUGUGUUAUCAAAAUCGUUGCAGACUUUUCUUGGUCUAACUCUAGCGUUGCUCAUAUUAUUUUUCGUUAACCCGCUCACCCGCUUCGCGCAACAGCGCCAGCUAGUGGGCGCCCUAAAUUUAUUUUAUACCACAUCGGUGGCAAACAAGCAUACGACGCGCCUGAUGGUAAGCAGUCACCGUAGCCUAUGGACGCCUGCAACUCCAGAGGUGUUACAUGCGCGUUGCCGACCGUUUAAAAACCUGUACACUCCUAUUUUGAAGAACCCCAUACUGUACAUGUGGGUGUAUGUAAAUGUGUUUUUUUUUGACAAGAGAAGCGAUUUGUCUUUGGAACUUGCCGAGUGGACGCGUUUCUACGUGCAAUAUUGAACGUAAAUUUUAUAUUUUAUUUUAUUCCACUUUCUAUUUUAUACUGAGAUCUGACUCACACUGAGCGUUUUUAUUUAAAUUAAAUUUUAAACUUGAAAUUGAAACGUAGAUUAUUGUAAUUUAUCAAUUAGGUAACCUACAUUUAUUUGUAAAUUUUGUAUCAUAGUAGUUGUAAUUUUGUAAAUAGUCUGAGAGUAAAUACUUCAAGAAUUUGCAUAUCUGUAUUUAGUGGUUUAUGAAAUAUAAUUUUAAUUGUUAGCAAUAUUAUUCGAUGUUAAGUAUUUUUUAUAACAUUAGUCUACUAGAUUUAGUAGUAAUGUAAUUAUUACAUUUUUGUAAAAAAUGUAUAUUUUAUAUAAACCUUUACGCGGAGUUUUAUACAUACUUUUGUAUUUGUUGCGCAGGUGAAUUUGGGUUUGCCAAAUUAACAUAAUUACGUCUUGUUUUAAUUCUUCCAUUACAGAAAGGGUUGAUUAUAUUUUGUAGAAACUGACGCAGGUCGAUAUCGGAAGUGAAAAUAUAAAUGAUAAAUUAAUA